CUCAGUCAGCCAGCCGCUCAUCAUCUUGUCUUCUUACUUACACAGCUGUGAGGAGAAACUGCCUGUUGUACGGGGUGCCUCCUCAGCCUGUGGGGUUUAAGCUGACAUUCUUCCUUCACAUAGGAAACCAAAGAUAGACUCCUUAGAAAUACAAUGAGGCUCAUCGGCAGCAUCUACACGCUUUGUAACAUCAUUAUGUCAGCGGAAGCCUGGGCUCCAAGGCCGACAGGUGAAAGGGAACUGAUCUCCAACUGCUCCAACAUGGCUUUAAGGAUGGUUCCCCCAGAUGUGACCCCAGCCACAACCAUACUGGAUUUAUCCUACAACGACCUCUAUCAAUUCCAGAGCUCAGAUUUCCACUCUUUCUCCAAACUGCGCGUUCUGAUCCUGUGCCACAACAGGAUCCAACAGCUGGACACCAAGAUCUUCAACCUUAACAAGGAGUUAAGCUAUUUAGACUUGUCUUACAACAGACUAAAGUCCAUCAUUUGGUCUUCCGUGGCAGAUCUCAGACAUUUAGAUCUUUCUUUUAAUGACUUCGAUACUCUGCCUGCCUGUGAGGAGAUUGGCAACAUGCCACAUCUGGAAACCCUAGGUUUGAGCGGGGCGAACAUACAAAGAUCAGAUCUCCAGAAAAUUUCUCAUUUGCAUCUCAGCACUGUCUUGUUAGGGCUGAGUACUCUGUCCCACUAUGAAGAAGGCAGCCUGCCCAUCCUAAACACGACAGCGCUUCACAUCGUUCUACCAAUGAACACAAAUUUCUGGGUGCUUCUGUGUGAUGGAAUGAAGACUUCAAAGAUAGUAGAAAUGUCAAAUAUAGAUGGCAAGAACCCGUUUAUAAGUUACGAGGCUCCGCAGACUCUCUCUGUGGAGAACACCAAGGCGUCCACUCUGAUUCUCCACAAAGUUGACUUGCUCUGGGAUGACCUUCUCCACGUUUUCCAGUUUGUGUGGCGGACAUCAGUGGAAUACUUCCAAAUUCAGGACCUGACUUUCGGAGGGAUGGUUCAUCAGGACCACGGUUCAUUUGAUUACUCAAAUACCGUAAUGAAAGCUCUAAUCUUGGAGAACAUACAUUUCCGAAUCUUUUUUAUUCCCCAGGAUAGAAUCUACUUGUUUUUCACCCAAAUGGACAUAGAAAACCUGACGAUAUCAAAUGCACAAAUGCCGCAUCUGCUCUUCCCUAGUCGCCCCCAAAGUUUCCAACAUUUAAAUUUUGCCAAUAACAUCUUAACAGACGACCUGUUUAAAAACCCUAUCCAGCUACCUUAUUUGAAAACUCUGAUUUUGAGGGGCAACAAACUGGAGACUCUGUCUCUGGUGAGUCUCUUUGCCAACCACACAUCCUUGCUUCUCUUGGAUCUGAGCCAGAACCUACUGCAACAUGAAAACGGGGAGGGUUGUGUGUGGCCAGACACCUUGACCCUUUUGAACUUGUCAUCCAAUAAAUUUGAUGGUUCUGUUUUCAGAUGUUUGCCUAAAAGUAUCCAAACACUUGAUCUGAACAAUAACAAAAUCCGAGCAGUCCCUAAAGAGAUUGCCCACCUAAAGUCUCUACGAGAGCUAAGUAUUGCUUUUAAUUUUCUGACUGACUUCCCUGGGUGCGAUCACUUCACACAGCUCUCUAUCCUGAACAUUGAAAUGAAUUUAAUUCUCAGCCCAUCUCUGAAUUUUUUCCAGAGCUGUCAGGAGGUAAAGACUCUAAAUGCAGGAAGAAAUCCAUUCCGGUGCACCUGUGACUUAAGAGAUGUCAUUUGGCUUGAAAAACAUUCUGAGGGCCUGUUGGCUGGAUGGCCAGACUCAUACGCCUGCGAAUACCCUUUGAGUCUAAAGGGGACUCCAUUAAAAGAUGUUUAUCUUCCCGAAUUAGCUUGCAACACAACUUUGCUGAUUGUCACCAUUCUGCUGGUUGUGCUGUUUCUGGGUUUGGUUGUAGCAUUCUGCAUGCUUUACUUUGACAUAUGCUGGUAUCUCAGGAUGCUGGGCCAGUACAUACGGACACAGCACAGGGUUAGAAUUCAAGAGGAGAGUCCGAGAAGUGUACAGUUCCAUGCCUUUAUCUCCUAUGCUGCACAAGAUUCAGUCUGGGUGAAGAAUGAACUGAUUCCCAAUUUAAAGACAGAAGACGGUUCUAUCUUGCUUUGUCUUUCUGAGAGAAACUUUGACCCUGACAGGAGCAUUGAUGAAAACAUUAUAAGCUGUACCGAGAAGAGCUAUAAGUCUAUCUUUGUGCUGUCUCCCAACUUUGUCCAGAAUGGGUGGUGUCAUUAUGAAUUCUAUCUCGUCCAUCACGAUUCCUUCCGGGACAAUUAUGAUGACGUCAUUCUCAUCUUACUAGAACCCAUUCCCUCCUACUGUAUUCCUACAAGGUUUUGUAAGCUGAAAGCUCUUUUGGAAAGGAAAGUGUACUUAGAGUGGCCCAAGGACAGGCGCAAAUGUGGGCUUUUUUGGGCAAACCUUCGAGCUGCUAUUAACGUUAAUUUAUCAGACACAAGGGGAAGGUGUGAGCUACAGACAUUCACAAAGCGCAAUGAGGAAUUCCAGGGUUCUGCCAUCUCUCUGGUAAGGACAGACAGCUUCUAAAAUCUGC